GCUUCUUGUUGCCAACCAUUCAUCGAAGAUAAAACGACAUAUCCUAAGUUUGUGUGCCAUUACUCUUUUGUUUCAUAACAGCCUUUGAGGUUUCAGAUAACCCAAGCAAACCUCACACAGACACAGAAGAGAGAUAACGUAGCAAAACCAUGGCACUGAGAAUGUGGGCUUCUUCUACAGCCAAUGCUCUCAGAAUCUCUGGUGGUGCCUCCAAAGCUCAACUCUCCCCUGCAUUCUCUCUUUCCAGAUGCUUUUCCACUGUUUUGGAAGGGUUGAAGUAUGCAUCUUCACAUGAAUGGGUGAAGCAUGAAGGUUCAGUUGCUACAAUUGGUAUCACUGACCAUGCUCAGGACCAUCUUGGUGAAGUGGUGUUUGUGGAGCUGCCAGAACCGGGUACUGUAGUCUCCCAAAGCAGCAGCUUCGGAAAUGUUGAAAGUGUGAAAGCAACCAGUGAUGUAAAUUCCCCAAUCUCUGGUGAGGUUGUUGAGGUUAACCCGAAGCUUAGUGAAACACCUGGUUUGAUCAAUACAAGCCCAUAUGAAGAUGGAUGGAUGAUCAAGGUGAAACCCAGCAAUCCAUCAGAACUAGAAUCCUUAUUGGGUGCUAAAGAAUACACGAAAUUCUGCGAGGAAGAAGAUGCAGCCCACUAGAAUGUAAUCAGACUUGCAGGCCAAGUAAUCUUGAACCGACUGAUUCUCAGAUGUUUAAGAAUCUUGUUUGACAAGUUCUUGUCAAAAUAUUAUUACAAAACUGCAGGUUCCAAGUUAAAUGUGUUUUCCCUCAUUUCCCUUUCAAGUGCACUAUGUAUCAUCUCUCUAUCUCUAGCCUGCAUUGCUUAUCUUGGACUAUACAAAAGUAGGGGGACUGUACUUGAAGCAAGUCUAACCCCAACAAUUUAUUCAAAUGUCAACUACUAUUAUUAUCUUUUGCACCAGACAAACACCGAUCAAGGGAUGCAAUAAGGACAUAACUACAUGUUUAUUAUAC